UAAGGUGCACUUAUAAAUCAUUUACACACUGCUUUCUACAGGCAUCCAAGAGUUAAUCAGUAUAUCACAACAGAAUAGGUGCCAUAAUCUGAGUGAAAGUAGAGGCCGCAGUAGCAUAACACUUGUGCCCAACCAGUAUGCUAGUCACAUUAAGCAUCACCAGAAAUGACUCCAUAGAGUCUAUUUAGAGACAUUAUGCGAACCUAGACAAUUAGACAGCUAAUUGUGGAACAAAUCUGGAUUAGCCCAUAUACUCUGCAACGACAUCAUCAGUCAUUGUGUGACUAUAGAGAGAUUUUAUUAAAAUAGAUAUUUAUUACAGUGUACUACAUCAUGGCUUUUCCCUAAAAACUGCUGUAGCGACGUGCUGCCUCUGUCACUCAAUGUUCUCAUGACAUGAAAAGCUUUUCAGCAGCUGAGCUGAAGACACUUAGCUUCCUCUGAGUUAAAAGAGGACUGCUUAUAAGGGCAGCAUUGCAGCAAAUCAGAUUGUAUGCUGUAUAAGGCUCUAUAGUGCUGCUUCUGAUAUACCAAAAUAUAUGAAUUUCAUAUAUGAAUUCCUAAUAAAUCUUUAGUGUGAUUUUUAAUCAAGCUAGUACAAAGCAAACUUAUGAGGCUCACAAUCACAUUAGCAUUCAAAAAACUAAUUACAAUAGGGUAUUUUUUAGUUAAAAAGGUAAAAUGAAACUUUAGCUGGAAUUCAGAUUUUGUAUUCCCUUAAGAAGAGAUCUUAUGGAGAUCUGUAACAGAUGGCAGAUGUUAAAGGGCGGCUAAGUCCUUAUUAGGGGAACUUAUUAGGGGAGUAAUAUUCUAUUGGCAGGUGGCGUGCUAUUGAAAUUUAUGUCUUUGCAAAUGUUUCGAUAUAUUAUAUAUUAAUUUCACUCACUCACUCGCAUAUGCUAUGUAAGGUCAGCCCAGUUUACCUGACGCACACAUAGUAUUUCAAGGGCUGAGGCCAAGAAAGAGUAUUAGGUGGCUCAGAUAGGCGCUCAGGCCUAAUCUGGGAUUAACAAUGCAGCUCCGCAGAUAGCCUUAAGGAUUUCUCAGGUCUCAUUAGCAUGGCUGGGUUGACCAUGUUGAUGCCAGAGCUGGUGAUAUCGGUAUAGUGCCACAAAUGCCUGCCACUUUUUUUUCAUUCGCUCACUAAUCUCUCAAAGUGCUGGUUCAUCAGGACAAAAAUACUGCCUGGCAGCAUAGAAAAGGUGUUCUAACAAUGCAAUUAUACAAACAUAAAUAAAAUAAGAUAAAAAAGCAACACAUUUUAACAUUAUUUCCUGAAAAAAGUCAAAAGGAUGUUAAUGUGUCAAUUACAAUAAAUUAUUAAAAAAAAAAAAAAAAAAAUUAAGGAUGUUGCUUAGAAAAAAUAAAAUCCGUUCUAAAGAGAGAGAAAAAUAAAAGUGGAAUCAGAAACAUUAACGUUACGUUUCAGUUUGAAAAAAAAAAAAGGCCAUUUAUCAUUGCUAAUGAAUAUUAAUUAGAAGACGAGCACUACUCUCCGCCCACUUCUACAUCGAACGCUCGGAGCUGUCAGUCAUCUGAGGAGCUGAAGACUCAUGAACGCAUCCUUUAGCUGUCUAUUAAAAAUGUGGACAUUUAGAAGAUACACAUUUGUAAAAGUGGGUGAAAACUGAUGGCCAAAAAUGCAAACUCGAAUUAGUUCUUUAAAGAUGGGAUUUUACAUAACAUUAAGCAGGAUCACCAACUGCUUCAACCAAAGAGCAACUUGAACAGGAUUUUUGUCUGAAUCUGGUGCCCUAAAUCUGUUGGACUACUAAGUAUUGUUGCUACACAGCGCUGGAUGCCUAGAAUAGGCAAAGAAAAGAAUGAGAAUGGCAAAGAUUUGUACAGAGCAAUCCUACCCAUCCCAACAAAGGCACGCGGUCCAAGCCUCUGAAGAUGAACUGGAUCAGACUGAAAAUGGUGCAAGCAGGGCACAUUCUUUAUGCGAGGACACCUCCUCUGACAUGCAGGGGAUCAUUUCUACUGGAACCAGCCAGUUUCAGGAGUCCAGGAGAAGCUCUUUCACAGGUGCUGGGGCUAUGGCAAGGCUCACCCAAUUUCUGGUAAUGCUGAGGAACUGGGCUUCACACAGGCUUCACAGAGAGGUUGAGCGUCCCGACUCCUUCUUGGAGCGAUUCCGUGGACCUGACCUUAAAGACUUAUCUAGCCGAGGAAGUAAUGCCCGAUCCUCUAUAGGCCUUCCUGACAGGCCUCAUAAGAGGAAAAAAGCCAAUCAUUGGCCUCUGGCAGUUUACAAUAUAAACAACUGCAACAACACAGAUGACAAAAAGGAGGACAAAAAGGAAGAAAUAAAAAAAGAUGAGAAAAAAGAUGAGAAAAAAGAUGAAGACAAAAAGGAAGAGAAAAAAGAUGAGAAGGAAGAGAAAAAAGAUGAAAAGGAUGAGAAAAAAGAUGAAAAAAAGGAUGAGAAAAAAGACGAAAAGAAGGAUGAUAAGAAAGAUGAUAAAAAGAAAGAUGCUCCUCCUCCGCCGAAAGAAGUGUGGAUCAUGGACCCAGCCUCAGACAAGUAUUACAGAUGGCUGUCAAUCAUAGCGGCACCAGUGUUUUACAACCUGAUGAUGCUGGUGACAAGGGCCUGUUUUAAUGAGCUUCAGAACUCUUACACAAUGCUUUGGAUCAUCAUGGACUAUACUGCAGACGCAAUCUACUACAUAGACACAUUCGUCAGAUCAAGAACAGGUUUCUUGGAGCAGGGUCUUCUUGUCAAAGACUCUAAGAAGUUGAUGGAUCAUUACAGGACAAUCCCACAGUUUAAAUACGACAUGAUCUCAAUGAUCCCGACCGAUUUAUUCAUGCUGAAAGUGGGAUUCAACAAUCCUGAACUUCGCUUCAACCGCCUCUUCAAAAUGGCACGUCUCUUCGAGUUCUUUGAUCGCACAGAAACACGAACAAACUAUCCAAACAUUUUCCGUAUCAGCAACCUCGUACUUUACAUCCUGAUUAUCAUUCACUGGAACGCUUGCAUUUUCUUCGCCAUUUCAAAAACGAUUGGCUUUGGAACUGACACAUGGGUAUAUCCAAACAUCAGUCACCCUGAAUAUGGCCGCUUGGCCAGAAAAUACAUCUACUGUCUGUACUGGUCCACUCUCACUCUCACCACCAUUGGAGAAACACCACCUCCCGUUAGAGAUAUUGAAUACUUGUUUGUUGUUAUGGACUUCCUCAUUGGAGUGUUGAUUUUUGCUACCAUCGUCGGUAACGUCGGUGCCAUGAUCUCCAACAUGAACGCUUCUCGUGCUGAAUUUCAGGCCAAGAUUGACUCCAUCAAGCAGUACAUGCAGUUCCGUAAGGUCAGCAAGGAUCUGGAGGCCAGGGUCAUAAAAUGGUUUGACUACCUUUGGACAGAGAAGAAAACUUGUGAUGAGAAGGAAGUCUUGAAGAAUCUCCCAGACAAGCUCAAAGCUGAGAUAGCCAUCAAUGUCCAUUUAGACACACUAAAGAAGGUGCGAAUCUUUCAGGAUUGUGAAGCUGGACUUCUUAUAGAGUUGGUGUUGAAGCUGCAACCUCAAGUGUUCAGUCCUGGAGAUUACAUAUGUAAGAAGGGUGACAUUGGCCGAGAAAUGUACAUCAUCAAAGAAGGAAAGCUCGCCGUAGUGGCCGAUGAUGGCAUCACACAGUUUGUGGUGCUCAGCGAUGGCGCUUACUUUGGAGAAAUCAGCAUCCUUGGAAUCAAAGGCAGUAAGGCCGGUAACAGAAGAACGGCAAACAUUCGUAGCGUCGGCUAUUCUGACCUCUUCGCCCUGUCUAAAGAUGAUCUCGUGGAAGCGCUUACCGAGUACCCAGAUGCCAAAAAAGCCCUGGAGGAGAAAGGAAAGGCUAUCUUAAGGAAAGACAACCUUCUUGAUGAGGCGGUGGCAAGCGCAGGUGCUGAUCCUAAAGAUCUGGAGGAGAAGAUUCACCGCCUAGAGGGCAACCUUGAAGUCAUGACUAGCAAAUUUGCCAAGCUCAUGGCAGAGUACACAUCCUACCAGGGGAAGGUCAAACAGAGGAUAACCAACAUGGAGAACAAAGUGAAAACACUACGAGUCGAAGAUCUGUCUGAGGUUGUUGAGGACAAAAAAGAAGAAGAGAAGAAGACAAAAUAGCAUAGACAUUGGGGUUAAAGGGGUUUCCUAUCUAUGUACAUAUUUCUUAACAUAGUACAUUACUUUUAAACUGUUUAUACUUAUCUAUUUAUACAUUUUACACAUGACAACAUUGUACUAAUUGCCACAUGUGUGUUAAAAUGUGACACUUGUUGUAUUUAUUCAAUAUAUGCAGUAUGGAACAGCACAAAUGGCAUAAAACGCAGGAUCUUGUUUACAUGCCCUCAGGAGAGAGAUAUACUACCAUUCAAAAGUUUAGGGUUGGCAAAAAAAUUUUUUUUGUUUUUUGAAAGAAGUCUCUUAUACUCACCCAGGCUGCAUUUUUUGAUUUUCUAAAAUACAGUUAAAACAGUAAUAUUGUUUAACACAAUUUAAAACAUGCCGAUUUGGUGCUCAAGAAACAUUUCUUAUGAUCAAUGUUGAAAAAAAGUUGUGCUAUUUAAUAUUUUCCUGGAAACCAUUAAUUUUUUUUUUUUUUUUUUUUCAGGAUUCUUUGAUGAAUAGAAAGUUCAAAAGAAGAGUGUUUAAAAUUGCUUUUUUUGUAACAUUAUAAAUGUGUUCAGUUCAGGCAGGAAGGAAUUAAUACUCUAAUUGCUCAUUUGGCAGAAGCGUGAGAAUAUAUAAUUUAUUCCUUAUUCUGAUGUUCUGAUUCUGCUCAUUAAACAAUUACAUUGUGUCAAUAAUAUUGCUAAUAGGGUUGCUCAAAGAAAGAACAACUUAAUCACAUGGAUCAUGAUAAAACAUCCGAAACACAAACCAUAACAAUUUAGUGUACUAUUCAAAGUACCCAAAUGUGUUUUUAAAUAAAUGUUCUAACAAAUGUUUGUUAAAAGUGUUUCAUUUAAAAGUAAUUUUAUUCAGUUGGACUAUGUAAACCAGAAGAUGGAUUUGCUCACCAGACAAGCUAUAUACAGUAUUGUGUGUAUAGUACAUGAACUUGUCACAUUAGGGAUCACAGACUGCACUUGGAGAGAUGACCUGGUGUAGAAAAGGUAAAUCAUUAUAUCGCCACCUUGGAAUUAUUAGGUUCUAUCUGCAUUCUGAGCAGUUUUGAGGUAUUGAGCUUCAAAGAUUUUGCAUUCCAUACUCCUUUGUGGAUAGACCCUUUUAUCAUCUAAAAAUGUAAAAUCCCAAAAUGUACACAACUUAAAAAAAAAACAAAACAAAAAAAAACAUCACAUAAUGUAAAUAAGUUGUGUUGAAUAACUCAAUUUUGACAAAAGUGUCAGAAUCUUAUAAUUCCAAGGUGACGAUUUGUUUAAAUAUAUUUUAUUUAUACAUUUAUCUAAAUUUAUUUAUUUUUUAUUUAUUUUUUUAAGUACCACUCUGAUGCCAAACACCAGGUGACUGAAUCCUAAAAUUCUAAAAUGACUAAAAUCUUGAGUUUACUAAAAACUAGACAGUAUUUUGACUUUGAUAUGGUGUUGGAUAUGUUAAAACAGACAUUUAAUUUGUGUGUAUUCUUCCACUAAAAGAGGUUUUGUGUAAAACCGGGAACAUGUCAAAAGACCCAAAAGUUGAAUCUCAUCAUUACAUUUCCACACUUAGUUUGUUUUUCAGUUUUGAAUUUAUUUAAGAAUAACUUGAAACAAUCAAAUGUUGUCAUUCUCAAUAUCAAGUUCUGUUUCCCCCUUUUAUGUUAGCGCCAUCAGCAGUGGAACAAACCACAGUCACAUUUAAUAUGCAAGAGGGAAAAUGGAAAAACAAACAAAAAAAAAAAAAAGCGUAGAGGGCAUCGCUAAAGUGGGUUUCCAGCUAUGCCUGGAAAAACCAGAGCGGCAAUUCUCAGCAUAAAUGUUUGGCACGACAAGAUAGUGGUACAAUUUGUGCCAAUUUCCCCUCAUUUUCAUCCAACAAUAUAGGGCCAGACACUGUGCAGAGCGAGAAAAAAAGCAACUAAAACAGUUUCUUCAUGGGGCACUGUCAAUUAGCAUUCACUGACUAAAAGUCUGCCAUCUUGAAUUAAAACAAGACAGAUAACAAAACAAAACACUUGUAGGAAACCUUUGAGAGAGUUUUAUGGGAAGGUUGGAUCUCUCUUUUGUAACACUACUCGUUUUUGUCAGGAGUGCACCGUGAGCGUAGAUUCAUUUUAGCAAACAGAUCAAUUUAGUGUAAGAGAAAGAGUCGGCUCUGAAGCGAAAUGCAGAACACUGGCCAUAAAAGAGCAGCACAGCUUUCCAAGCGGCAUUACAAACAAUGCAGUUCCUCAAUAAAUACAGAUUCCUGGACACAAAAUUGAGACUGGAGCUGCUCUGUACCUUUGAAAGCAUUGCUGCAAAUGCGAAUGGACUAGGGAAGACCUAUGAAACACGAGCCAAAAAAUGUCAAAGGGCAGACCAAAAAAAAAAAAACCUAAGAGACAUUCUGAAUAUUGAGUUAAGUGCACUUUCACAGUUCAACCAUAAUACAU